UGAUGUACGAUUUUAAAAAGAUCUGAGUAAAGGACAUGUGUCAUAAUGCGCUUUAAAUGCACUUCAUCAACUGCUAGAAUUUCCGAACUACGCUGUUUGUAUUAGACAUAUAUCGUUUUGAUUGACAAAAGUUGUCAUUGACAAUAGUUUCAUUGAUGUGAGAAAAAUGCAUUGUUUACACAUAAUUUCAUAUGUGCAUAGCAGAAAAAUCGUAGCAAAAUAGGAACUGAAACAGAAAAAUCACGGUGUUGUCUCGAAAUAAGCCAAAAUAAACUUAAGGAAAUAUGAGUGCAGUAAAGAAAAAUUGGACGUAUGACGAGGUGCAGGCAUUAAUACAGGCUGUUCGAAAAAAUCCAAGCCUGUAUGACCGCCGAGAUCCAGAUUACAACCAAACCCGUACAAAAGAGGAUAUUUGGAAAGUAAUAUCAAAUACGCCGGCGAUUAUCGACAAAAAUGCUGAAGACUGCAAAAAGAAGUGGAAAACGCUUCGAAUCCAACAGCGGCGCAUAAUAAUAAAGAAAAUAAAGAAAAAUGAGAAGCGUUCAGCCAUUCAAUGGAAUUGUUAUGAUGCUCUAAAAUUCCUGAUACCCCACAUGGAUUGGACCGCAACCGAUGAGAUAAAGAAAGACCCCGAACUGGAUUUAUCAAUACUAUCUGACAUGUGCGAUGACGACGAGCAUGACGAUUGUGAUGAAAACUAUGACAAUGACGAGAAUUGUGAGAGUCAAUCGGAGAGCAGUUAUGGAAGCUCACCCAUGUACCAUGAAACAUCAGUCACCGAAUCAGAGGCGCAAGUAGCAGACUCGACAAAUAUUUCGCGCACAGAUCCGAUGUGCACAGUGACAACGACACCGAUUCAGUUUACAACAACUGGAACCAGCAUAGCUGACCAUUCAAACAAAAUCAAUCAAUAUCUUGUGGCCUAUUUGCCGACCGCCACCACCCAAGCAAAUCCAAUACAAAUUCGAACCGAACAAGAUCUCAUUACGAACCAACAAGCGAAUUGUGUUUCAAUGAAUAAUCCGACGGUCGGUAGUGCACCGACUAUGUAUGCCGCUGAACCGGCACAAAGUAUAACAAACGGCCCGCUCGAUACCAAAUAUUCGAUGAACAAUCAACGCAUCAUAACCGUUCCAGUGUCAACCGCACCACCGCCAAUAAAUGGACCUGGAUACUUUUUAAAUAACUACUUUUUAAUGGACCUGGCCGUCGAAUUCGAAAAACUGAAUGACAUCGCUGUCAUGGAACUGAAAAUAGAAAUCAAUCGUUUGAUUUUGGAAAAAUUGAAAAAUGUGAAUAAUUUGCGUCAAACGCAAGCAUCGAUAUGCUUCACAACGCCACAGAAUCCCAAUUGAAGAAAAAGCAUAGUGUUAAAAUCAAACUAGUUGUAGGAAAUUGUGUUUGGAGAAAAUAGGUUUAUUUGGAAAGAAAAAAACAUAUUUGAAACAUAUUUGUUUCCAUUUUGUGCGACAAGAGCAACACAACGAGCUAAUAAAUUUAAAUAGCAUUAUUAAUUCGAUUCUAAA